GAAUGGGCAAUGAAUUGGAUGAAGAAGGGACAACUGGAACGAAUCAUAGAUCCCAAUCUUCUGGGCAAAAUAAGACCAGAUUCCCUAAGAAAGUUUGGAGAAACAGCGGAGAAAUGCUUAGCUGAUUCUGGUGUAGAUAGGCCAUCUAUGGGUGAGAUGCUGUGGAAUUUGGAGUAUGCACUUCAUCUCCAAGAGCCUGUCAUGCAAGAAAACAGUAUCAUCCCUCUUGGCAAGCUAUCACCGCAAAUUAAUGAUUUCAGUCAUGUUGAUGCCAGUUGUAGUGCUGCUCAGAUCGGAACAUCAAAUUCGUAUUGUGAUCUCUCUAGUGAUGAGGUUAUAAGUCCAAGAUAACUAAGUGAAAAUGGUAAAUACCUUCUUUAGGUGUUUGUUGAUUCCACUUAGGUUCAUGAACCAUAUGAAUAUUUAUUUUUGGCUUUUGUAACAAUUUAUUUAACUAGGUUCUGAGUUGUAUAUAGAAAACAUGCAUUGGUCUACCUGUGGAUUUGAGGUGUCCGGUUGUUUUGCAUGUUGUGUAUUCUUAGAAAAAGUAAUGAAGUUUCAUGUCAAAUUCCAUCAUAA